AUGCCACUAGUAUUAAGAGCUAAAUGUAUUAUAGUAGGUGAUUCUACUGUUGGUAAAACAGCUUUAAUAAAGUCAUUACAAAGUGAUGGGACUCAAUUUGCCAAGAACUAUUCUAUGACAUUAGGUGUUGAUAUAUCUGUUAAAACUAUACCAGAAUUAUAUAUCUUUGAUUCAGCAGGAAAAGAAAUGUAUUCUGAAUUUGUUCAGAACUUUUGGGCACACCCUAGUUUAGUCGUAGUGGUGUAUGAGUUACUGAUGAACAAUCUUUUCAAAAGCUGUGCUAAAUGGCUAGGAGAAGUGAAGCACAAAAAGCUGCUCCCGAACUUUUUUCUACCUGAUCUCUAA